UUCGGAAUUGAUCGCCAUUCGUGAUCAGAGGAUCAUGGUUUGCUGUCGACUGCUCCGCCACGCCCAGAGACUUGGCACAAUUGCGCAGCGAAAGGAAGGUACUCUGCGUCAGGUUACGUGACUGAUAUCCAUGCACCAGUCGUCAAGAACGCAGACAUAUAUCCGCGUCUGAACAUCAAUUGUUCAAAUUCUGCCACCAUGUGGAGAUAAGCUGUGCCUUUGUGUGCCGAGAUGGAGGCUCCUCCAGGCUCACCCUUCGGACGACGAUUGUCGAAACGGGAGUCUACUCGACUGAACGCGGGAGUUAUAGCUGUCAUUAUUAUAGCAGGCAUCAUCGUCGGCUGCAUUGCCCUCUCCAUGCUUCUGAGUUGCCGACACAGAGUUUAUGAGAAGAUGAAGAAGUUCCGAAAAACCUCCCCGUGGGAGAAAAGAAAGCGGAAGAAACUCGAGGCUGAACGUAUUCGUCAGCGAGAUCUGCAAAGGGAGCGAUUGGUCGCCGAGGCGCAGCAAGUGGCAUUACGAGAGCGAGACACCAAAUCGGAAUCCACAGUAUGGUUUUCUCGCCUCGUGCACGACGGAUGGCCGAGACAUCUAGCGCUCGUCACGGCUGGGGCCAAGUAUGAGUUGUGGAAGAUUUCUGAUGACAAGCAAGGGAAGUACGCCUACAAGAUGACGCAACCGUGGUCCAUCGGCCUCGAAGAAUUCGAUGCCUCCAACUCUCAAUCCUCAAUCAAUAAGCCCUCGGUGGACGGAUAUCACAUGGCGCACAUCGGCUCGACAUUCAUGACUCCCGCGCAAAUCGACCAGGCAUGCGAAGCGAUCGUCUCCGGAUUCGAGACGAGCGAAUUCGGCUGGAAGAACUGCCAAGAAUUUCUAAAGCAGUUCAUGAACCGGGUACUGGUGACCGCCAAGACUAAGGACACGGCCUGGAUCAUCGAGUACACCAAGGUCGAGCAAUUUGAAACCGACGUGGCUUUUAUCCUGCCGCCGGACGAUUUCAUCGCGGCUGUUGUUGCGCGCCGGGCAGAUGAACAGCGCAAAGUCGCUGCUGCGGCUUCGACGAGCAAGACCUCUUAUAUUUCCGGAUCGACGAGCGGUGCGAGCGGCUCAUUCGGACAUGGAUAUAGCGGGUUCAGCCACAUUUCGACGAGUAGUGCGAGCCAUGGAUUUGGCGACAGUGGCAUGAGCAGUUCGGACUUUGGCGGAGGUGGAUGUUCGAGCAGUAGUUGGUGAUUCUUAGCAUUACUCCAGGCUUUUGUGAGAGAACGAUAUCGCGAAAUUCUUUUGCGCCGCGACCCACAAGUGAUUUGAUGAGUCUUGUCGUUCUCCCAACCUCGUCAAGAUCCUUCCUGUCAAGAUCUCAGUGGCUGCGUGCGCCACUGUCACGAAAGUCGUUGGCGACGUGAAUAGGUAGCAAGACGGUCCGUUCCGUAUUCAUCAAUCCCGAUGCAACGCAUGCAAAAAGGGAGGAUGCCCAGGUGUCGCACGUUCGUAUGUUCACACCAGAUGAAGGUUUGGCAGCCUUCGGGAUCACAGUGGAGGAGAUAAAU